AUGUUUGUGUCCAUCUCCAUCCCAUGUGGCUCCUUAUGUCCUAAUAUUUGCAUAUCUUCUGAUUUUCCCCCAUUUUUUUCAACAGUGGGAAAGACGUCACUCAUAACGCGCUUCAUGUAUGACAGUUUUGACAACACCUAUCAGGCCACCAUUGGCAUAGACUUUCUCUCAAAGACAAUGUAUCUUGAAGAUAGAACUGUUCGCCUCCAAUUAUGGGAUACUGCAGGACAGGAGCGAUUUCGCAGUCUCAUACCGUCCUACAUUCGAGAUUCCACUGUAGCUGUGGUGGUGUAUGAUAUCACAAAUGCAAAUUCAUUCCAUCAGACGUCAAAAUGGAUAGACGACGUGCGGACGGAGCGAGGGUCUGAUGUGAUCAUCAUGCUGGUGGGGAACAAGACCGACCUGUCGGACAAGCGGCAGGUGACCACCGAGGAGGGGGAACAAAAAGCAAAAGAGCUCAAUGUCAUGUUCAUUGAGACCAGCGCUAAGGCUGGUUACAAUGUCAAGCAGGUGAGGAUGUCACUCAGAGUUUCCUUCCCUGUGGUCAGUUACUUCCAAGUUCUGUUUCAUCCUCCAAAGACUCAACUCCAUUGUCAUGUUGGCUCCUUUUUCAAAUGUUUACUUUAA